AUGUCGACAACCAAGAGCGAGAUCCUUGCCCUUGUGGCAGAGCUCUUCGAUCGGGACCCCAAAGUGGCAAUCCAGAUCGGUGAAAAAGCUAACAAUCUAGUUCAUUCAAUUGACAAAGAAACGGCCGAAACCGUGAACGAGCGCAAAGAGCUGUAUCGCACGGCGUUCAAGCACGUCUUCGUUGAUACCGCGUUUUCACCAACCGCUUCCACGCUGGCUCUUUUUUUGGUCUGCCCCAUCGAGCAGCUUCGGGAUAUUGUCUACAAAGUGACGCAAAAUGACACAUUGACGACGUUUGCCGUGCGGCAUAUGGCCGGUUCGGCCAUCACUGUUUUGCGAUCUUGUAGGUGA